UUAUGUGCCUGAUUGUAUGUGUAGGUGCACGGGUUCUGGCUGGUCCAGGACGUGGUGCUGGCGGUUUUGGGGCGUGAUGAGGUGGCCCCUCGCACCUCCCUCUCUCUGGCCCUCUCAGGCGUGACUCUCGACUCUCUGAUGGAGCUGCAGCAGGUGAAGGGCCUCAAACCAGGGGCCGCACUACGCCUUGUGGAGGACCCCUACUCUCCACGUUCUGCUCGUGCUCAUCUGGCAAGGGUGCAGGACCUCCUGAGAGCAGAAGGACCUCAUGACUCCCUCAGAGAUGGCAGAUCCCCCAGCAUUCUCAACACACUCACACACACACACACCACAGAUGCCCCCCCUGCUGGCCACUCCUCUAAGAGUCUAAAGCGCUCGGCCAGCAACACCAAGACAGACCAGCCCGGCCAGGAGACCCCCCCUCCAGAGUACAUCCUACCUGGAGCUACAGAGCUCCCCCCUCUGGCCACUCUGCUGCCCGCAGACCCACACAGCGAGGUUCCGACCUGUCUGUUGGACCUGUCACUCAGCUGUUGGAACCCGCCCCCCGGCCCCAGGAAACUUCAGGGUGACUUCCUGUACAUCAGUGUGCACACGCGGGAGGGGCGGCACUUUGACAUCACCUCCUGUCCCCGUGGCUUCUUCCUUAACAGGUCUACAGCUGAGGUGUUUGACCCUCGCCCCGCCCCCUCCAGUGCUGUCUGCCACUGCCUCUCUGACCUGCUGAGUCAAAUCAGCCCGGAGUUCAAACAGAACCUCACUGCACUGAGAAACAGAAAGCAGCGUUCAUCUGAAGAGGCGUUGGCCUCUCUGUACCGGGUGUUGAGCUGGCUGGGACCUGCCUCUGCUACACACUCCCACAGACAUACCCACAGCAGCCCACUGGCUAUACAGCAACACAUCAGCCCAGAGACUCCAGACUGGAAUGAGGAACUGCAGGCAGCCAGAGAUCUGCCACACAAGACCCUGGAGGAGAGACUGCAGAGAGACAGAGCCAUUCAACAGGUCAACAGCGCCUUUGUAUGGGCAGCCACACAGGGGGCGGAGACUGUGAUUGAUGGCUGUGUGGAGCCAAUCAAUAGUGCUAUGGAUGACCCAGCCUUCUUGUGGAGUGGUGUGUUUCUGAGCCAGGGCGGAGCAGCCGGUACUCUCCUGGGCGGGGAGAGAGGCAAGAGGGCUGCCCAGCGUCUGGAGCUCAGGGCUGUUCAGACCUACAGCCAGCUGGAGGGGGAGCUCCAGGGUCUCCACACGCUCCCCACCGCGGUUGUGGACUACCGCGGGGUGCGUCUCUCCGCGCAGGCCCUUGCCCCCGGCCUGCAGGGCUCAGAGGCCGGGGCCCCCCGUGGCCUCCUGUACGGCUACACCGCGGGGCCCAUGGAGAACCCGCACCGCAGGAAGCUGCUGGAGCUCCUGGCUCAGUCGGCCAAGGGCCUAUCCCUGCAGAGGCACGCUGUGGUGGGCCCCGCCGGCCAUCAGGUGCCCCUCUUCACCUCUGUGGAUGCCCAGGGGCUUCUGGGUGCGGACGGGCGCUACUAUGUGCUGGAUGUCUUCCGUACCAUGCCCGCAGAUGCCAACUACCAGCGUGCGGAGGAGGAGAAGAGUGAAGAAGGCAAGGCCGAGGGCAUGGGGCAGGUGGAGGGGGAGGAGGCAGUGGUGAACUCUGACCUUAAGGAGACACCCGGGUUCCCUCACGGACUCUGCCGCCUGCGCCUCGAGCUGGUCAAGGCCUUCAUACAGAACAAAAACACCCAGUUCACACAGCGAGUCAGAGAAAGGAUGGAAGAGAACGGUGGGGUGGAAGAGUGUGUGAAAGACGGUGAUCCACGAGGGGCAGAGGCAGUGAGAGGGGCAUGUAGAGAUGUGGGCUCCAUCAGUGACAUCAUCUUUGAGAUGCGCUUGAACCCCAAUGUUUUCACCCCAGGAGUCGAGUUCCCUAGCUCUGAAACUGCAGUGAUCCAGCACCAGAAGACAUUACUGAGGGAAGCAGGCUCAUUCAUUCUGACACACCAAAUACCAGCACUGUUGGAAGACUGUUUGCACUGCCGAGAGAUGCCCAUAGAUGGCGCCGCUCUCUGCCAUGUCCUGCAUGAAAGAGGAAUCAACCUGCGGUACCUGGGUCAGCUGACCACAGCCAUCAGCCAAUCAGAAGACAAGAAUCGUCUUCGGCACAUAACAAGAUUGGCAUACAGCGAGAUUGUAUUGCGUUCAGCCAAAAGAAUCUUCAACAACUUCUUACAGCCAGUAGAGGUGUCUAGUCUGUCUGCAGCUGUCAGUCAUUUCCUCUGCUGUCUACUGGUGCCUCACCAUAACCCCGCCUCUCCUGGGGAGGAGCCAAAGAAACGUUCCAGGAGACGUGGGCGUGGAGGGGGAGGGGCUUCCGACAGCAUGGCCUGGAGCGUGUUCAGCGGGAACGAGCUGUGGAGCCUGAUUGGUCAGGAUGCCAAAGUGACCUACGGUCUCACAGAAGGACUGGGUACCAGCGCUGACCACCUGGUGGAGCACUAUGGAGUGCAGAAGAUGUCUCUACUGAGGGAGUUUUGUCUAAAGACUGGCAUACAGCUCAGACUGAGAGACUACAUCCUCGACAACCGUAACAAGGCGCCCAUCGGGCCCGACGACGUGUACAACAUCCUACCUGUGGUGAAGCACCUCACCAUGACUACCCAGGAUGCCUCACGGAUGUUCCAUGCGGCCCAGGGUUACCUGCAGAAGGGCCAGUUGGACAGGGCUUAUGAGCAGCUGAAGGAGGCGGCCUAUCUGUUUGGACGUGUGUGUGAUGACCUUCACCCCAAAGCAUGUAGCUGCCUCAGCCUUCUGGCCAAAGCAGCCUACCUACAGGGCCGUCCUGCAGAGGCUCGUAGUGUUCAGCUGAGGGUGGUGGUGAUCAGUGAGAGAGUGCUGGGCUUCGACCACCCCAACACCAUCAAGCAGUAUGCUCUGUUGGCUAUAUAUCUGUACGCUGGCGGUGAGACGGCUCUGGCCCAGCGGUGUCUGUAUCGCGCGCGUCUCCUCCUGUUACUGGUGCACGGAGAGGAUCACCCCUACAUCGCCACCCUGGAUAGUUCCCUUGGGUUAGUGUUACAGGGGAAGCAGUCCAUCCAGUUCCUGCAGAAUGCCCUCAAAAUCAAUACCUUCUUCAGAGGACCUAUGGACGUCAAGACUGCCCUCAAUCACCACCUAUUGGCCCAGAAGAUGUGUGUAGCAGAAGACUAUAGAGGAGCCAUGGCCCAGGAGAGAGAAGCCCUAACAGUGUUCCAGAACAAGUGUGGUGAGGACCACCCGCAGACCAAAUGCAGUGCUGAGUUUCUGAAAGCAAUUACCCAGCAGGCUGUGCGCGUGGAACGUUCCCUUCGUCAGGGAGGGGCCGAGCUUUCUGACUCUGCCGCACUCGAGACCUUGGCGCCCUCUGCAGACACUACAUUGGAACAGCUGGCUCUGGUCAAUGGCAUCCUAAAGACCUCCUACAGUGAGAAAUUGCUUCAGCUCAAAGAAAAACUGAGAGAACAGAAAGCAUCAGAAGAAGCCACAGACACAAAACCUGAAACCCCAGAAACAGCCAAUGGAGAGCAAGCUGAAGAACAAACAACCAAUGAGGGAGAGGUUGCAGAGGGUGAAACCACACCCACUGAUGGAGCAGCCCAGGAGAUGACCGAUCAAAUUGCAGAGGGCCAUGUGGAGGAAACUCCUUCACCUGAGGAGAAAGCUAACGGUCAGUUGAGCACUACCGCUAAAGCUGAGUCGCCCAUCCUCAAUGGAAACUGCUCAGCAAGUGACACAGACGAAGAGGGAGGAGCUGGAAGAAAUGAGGACCAAUCAAAAUUAACCAAUGGAGAAGUAAGCCCCACAGCAAAUGGUAACCAAUCAGAUGAUGCAGAGCCAAAAGUUAACGGGGUGUCUGGGUCUCACGACGAAGAAGACAACACUAAAGAUGGAGCACUGACUGCUGUGAGCAAAUCAGGAUCAAAGGUGGGUGUCUCCACAGAGACGGAUACCCAAUCAGAAGCUACCAUGAUCAAUGGAGGAAACAACAUCAUGACCAAUGGUGAAGUGGCCCCUGCACGGCAAGACUCCGAGUGAAAGACCAGCAACCAAUCAGAAAGAAGGAUAUGUGAAGAUUGGCAAAGUGAGCAAACCAAUUAGAGCAAAAAGACACACCAACUAGGCAAUUGUGGGUUUUUUUUGCAGAGUGACCAAAGAUAUUUGAAUUUGUUUGAGCUCUUAUUUCUACAAGGACCAAGUGCCAUAGCACUACUAUGGGAUUCACUUUGAUUCUAACCAUGUGAGGUAUAAUUCUGCAGCACUGAGUACACAUCCAAGGACAGUAUUUUGUUUUGAUUAACUUUAUAAACACAGACCUUGCUUGAAAGCCUUACAGUCAUCAUUUUAUUAUGGUGCUUCAUCAUAGAUGUGUUACACUCACAUCCUCAUAUACCCAGGGUCUGACUCUGGGACUUAAAGUAACACUAUGCAACAAUUUGACACUUUUUGAGGUAUGGUUUUAUAGGCAACUAGUUUUGGUACCAUCCUCAAAUUCAUUUUGAUGGCAUAUGGUCAUGUGAAGGACAGAUAAACACCUGUGUCUUUCCCACUAGCCAUCCAGGAUAUGCACUAUGUAGUUCUGUGUUUCCUGGCUGGAACACCUUGCAAAAAUGGAAGAAAAGCUUUCACAGCAUUACAUUGCCAGAUAUACUGCAAGUUAGUGUGACACCAGUUAGUGUGUUGGCAAGCUUCUAUCAGUGUCAACUGGGCUGUUGGUGGUUUUUGCAUGCCUUUUAGGUAGUUAGUGUGCUCGUUUUGGAACAUAACUCCUUAUUGCUGCUUUAAACUGAACUAAAAAUAAUCUAGUGCUCUUCAAGACAUCACUUGUUUCCUGAACAUGGGGGAAAGAAGUAUGGGAAAAAAGAGAGAAGAGAAAAAACAUAAAACACACACAAGACAAGGUUAAACAGUUUUUAAAAAGUAAAGAAAAGGCACUAGAUGACAGGAAAGGGGGGGCUAGUAAAGGAAAUGAGAGAGAAACCUGUUUUCUCCUCAUGUGGUCUGCAGUGAAUCAAAAACAGGGAAAAGUAUUCGAGGAUGAGAGGAAAGGGGGUAGAGAAAAGGAGAUGAGAGAGGACUGCGUUGUCCCCUAAUGUUGUCUGCAGUGAAUCAUGUAUCUGGUGCUGGGAAGGGGUUGAUACUCUCUGUCUGUCUGUCUGCCUAAAGGGUUUUUACAUGGUUACAAUAAACUAGACACUUUCACCAAAA